GCGAUUGCAUAAGGCCUUCAAUGACGAAACAGUAGUGUCAUGAGCGCAGUGCGUAAGAGAAUGCAGCUUUAAUUGGAAUUCUCGGACUAGUAAACUCCUAACCUUUGGAAGCAUAUCAAGGUCAAAUGGGUCAUACAGAAUAUACGCGCCCAGAUAUGAAAGUUUGCUCCAUUUCACUUAAGAGGUUUUGCAACAUGUAUUUGUUACCCUUUCAAGGCAGGAUAUUGCAUUUUUACAUAUGAUGCAACUUGUUCCAUAGUCAUGAGAUACACAUUCAUUUAGUGGUAAUGCACACACACCUUUUGUCAGCUGCAUGGUCAUAACAGCUGAACAGUAACAAAACGUGCGGGUGUGUGUCUUAUGCCAGUGCUGGUGAAGGUAAAUUGAGUGCUUUUGUAUGAUCAUCGACAAAUGACAGCUGGUGAAAAAGAUUCUCCCACAGAGCCAGGAAUGAAUGGAUCUGGCGAUGGAGAGGAUGGCAGCACAGCUGCCACUGAGAAGAAACCAGGAGCGGGAGGAGAUGGCAACCCCCCUGUGGUCAUGUUUGAAGAUGCCAGCUUCUGUAUCAAAAUCCAGGCCCCAGGACAGCAGCAGCCUUUUGAAUUGCCGGUGACCUCAUUAGAGCUGGUACAGGAGAUCAACCAGGUGCUAAUGGACAGAGAGGACACAUGCCACAGGACCUGCUUCUCCCUGCAGUUGGAAGGGAACACACUGGACAACUUCUCUGAGCUCAAAAGUAUAGAAGGUCUCAAAGACGGAGCCUUGAUCAAAGUAGUGGAAGAACCUUACACGAUCCGCGAAGCCAAAUGUCAUGUGCGCCAUGUGCGAGAUUUGCUGAAGUCUGUUGACUAUGCAGAUGCGUACAAUGGACAGGAAGGAAUGUCCCUUUCUUUUGUCAACCUUGUCACUGCAGGUGACAUACUGGAAAAUAAGAAAGGGAAGCCAGACUCCCUGGAUUGCACACCACCAGACUUCAUCAUGCCAGGGAGCAAGGAAAGACCUCUUCUACCUCUGAACCCAGGGCUGCAGGAGCUCAAGGCCCCAAAAUGCUUAAAGGUGCUGACAUUAACUGGAUGGAAUCCCCCUCCAGGAAACCGCAAACUGCAUGGUGAUCUGUUGUACAUCUAUGUGGUGACGCUAGAAGACAAAAAAUACCACAUCACAGCAUGUCCUCUGGGAUUUUAUAUCAAUCACUCCACUGAUGAAGAAUUCAACCCUCGUCCAGUUAAUAACAAAAUUUAUCACUCCCUCAUUGAUCUUUUGAAUCAGAUAAGUCCAGCAUUUAAACGCAACUUUGCCAUCCUGUUAAAAAAGCGCGCUUUCAAGCACCCAUUUGAGCGCGUGAUGGGCCCGUAUCAAGUCUACAGUUGGGUGACUCCACCUAUGGAGCAUUUGGUGGACUCCAUUAGAGGAGAAGACGCUUUUGCCACAAGACUAGGUUAUGAAGAACACAUUCCAGGUCAGACUAGAGAUUGGAAUGAGGAGAUUCAGACAACAAGAGAACUGCCAAGGAAAACACUGCCAGAGAGAUUGAUGAGAGAAAGGGCCAUAUUCAAGGUGCAUGGAGACUUUGUUGGAGCAGCCACCAGAGGUGCUAUGGCAGUUAUAGAUGGCAAUGUCAUGGCUAUCAACCCUGGAGAUGACACUAAGAUGCAGAUGUUUAUCUGGAACAACAUCUUCUUUAGCCUUGGCUUUGAUGUGAAGGAUCACUACAAAGAGUUUGGUGGAGAUGCUGCUGCAUAUGCUGCUCCUGCCUGUGACCUCCAGGGUGUGAAGGCAUACACCAAUCUGGACCAGGAGGGCCUGUACACCCUGGGGACAGUGCUGGUAGAUUACAGAGGAUACAGAGUCACAGCUCAGUCUAUUAUACCAGGCAUUCUUGAAAGGGAGCAGGACCAGUCUGUAGUUUAUGGCUCUGUUGACUUUGGAAAAACUGUUGUGACAGAUGAUAAAUAUAGAGAUCUGCUUAAAAAAUCCUCAUCAAAUUUGAAGAUCAAACCUCACAAAGUUGUGAACAACAAAGAUGAAGUCAUAGAAUUGUUCUCCUCAGUUGACUGCAAGGGAAUCAUUGGGAAUGAUAAGCGGUACUAUGUCUUGGAUUUAUUGAGAACUUACCCACCAGACACCAAUUAUCUGCCAGCAUCAGCAGAUGACCUGAGCCCUCAAAUGAAGGAGAAGGGCUAUCCCAAGCAAUAUAAGCAUAAGCUCACUACUUUAAGACAGGAACUUAUAGAGGCAUAUAUCGAGACCAAGUACAUUGAGUUUGUUCGGAAAGCUGCAUAUGAAUUCCAGCAGUUGAGACUGAAACAAGCUCAAGCUGAAGACAAAGAGAAAGGAGAAGAGGAAAGCAAGGAAAAGAAGGAUGAACUAGAAGUAAGGAUGGAUAAACUGGUGAGCAAUAAGGAGGGAGAAAAAAAUGCAGAUAUUUCUACAGAUGAUGCCAAGGGCUUCAUGAAGGCUCUGGGAGAGUCUGAAAUUGAGGAGAGCACCAGGGAAAUUGUGAAGGCAGCAGCAAGAUCUGUUGGCUCUCUCAGCGACACAGAAUUUGACAUUUCUUUUAACCCUGAUGUAUACCAGCCAUUUGUCACACAUUUUGAGAAAGAGGGAGAAGAGUUCAAGGCAGAGAAGCAGCUAGUAGUGGAUGUGGCAGAGUUCUUAGUCUUUCACCAGGUGCCAGUUUUUGUCCGAGAUUGCCUGAACCACUCUCUUACUCCUGUUGAUGGUAUCACACUUACGGAGGCAUUACAUAACAGGGGCAUCAAUAUGAGAUAUCUAGGCAGAGUAGCAGAACAAGUUCAACAACAUCCACAGCUUUCCUUUGUACACAGCAUCACUGUGGCUGAAAUGAUAAGCCGAGCUGCAAAACAUUUAUACCAGAAGUACAUGCACAAUGUGGAGCACAUGUCUCUCUCUCAAGCUAUCAGCCAUUUUCUCAAUUGCUAUUUGGGCUCUCACCCAUCACCGCACACACAGGUCAUGUCGGAGGAGUUUCAAAGAAAGAAGAAGAGCAAGGGGGGUAAGGUGAAGAACAAGGCUGGAGUGCUUGUAUAUAACCAUGACAAUUCUGAAUGGAUCUCAGAAACACCUAAAACCUUGUGGAAGAAGAUUGUUGAAGAUGUUCAGAAUCACUAUGACUUCAAAUUAGAGGGAGACAACAUGGACACAGCAGUGGAGACUUACCACAUGCAGAAGAUUUCCUUGCUCAGAGCUUUCUGUAAGAAGUUGGGAAUUCAGCUGAUGCUCAGGGAAUACUACAUGGACCUUAGACACAAGCAGUGCUUCUAUGAAGAGGACAUUGUCAACACUUUCCCUGUUACCAAACAUAUACACCACAAGGCAACAGAUGCAUACCAGUUCUUCACCAGUGGUCAGAACAAGAUCCAGCAAGGUUUGCUGAGGGAGGGCUAUGAGCUGAUAGGAGAGGCCCUGAACCUGCUUACCAAUGUGUAUGGAGCCCUGCACCCUGAGAUAGCUGCUUGUAUGAGACUCUUGGCCAGACUGAAUUAUAUAAUGGGGGACUAUGGUGAGGCCCUGAACUUCCAGCAAAAGGCUGUGAUCAUGACAGAGAGAGUCUUGGGAGUAGAUCAUCCUAACACUAUUACUGAAUAUGCUCAUUUUGCCCUGUACUGCUUUGCUGGUGGUCAGAUUCCCAGUGCUCUACAGUUGAUGUAUAGGGCGCGCUACCUGUCUUUGUUGUGUCAUGACGAGGAUCAUCCAAAUAUGGCUUUGUAUGAUAGCAACAUUGGUCUCAUCCUUCACGCUGCUGGACAGUAUGAAUUGUCCCUGUCCUUCCUAGAAAAUGCUCUCAAGCUGAAUACAAGAUUCUAUGGCACACAAAGUCUUAAGGUAGCCAUGGGGUACCACCUUGUAGCUAGAACACACUCAUGUAUUGGAGAUUUCAGGACUGCCCUUCAGAAUGAGAAAGAAGCCUAUACCAUUUACAAAUCCUUGCUUGGUGAGAAACAUGACCGUACCCAGGAAAGCUCUGAAUGCCUUCGUCAUUUGACAGAACAAGCUGUAGAGUUUCAGAGGAGAAUCAAUGACAUAUACAAGGGAGAAAAGAAUGUCUCCUUCCCUCCUUUACAGAUUCAGGUGCCUUCCUUGGUGAAUAUUUUGCAAAUUCUCAAUGCAAUAAAUGGUAUUGAGCUGAUACAGUGGGUCCAACUCAGUAAAGAAGAUGUAGAAAAACUUAGAGGGGUUGAUACCAAUAAUAGAGCAACAAUAGAAGAAAUAGAUGGAGAUCAGCCAAGUGAAACAAAGUCGAAGCCCAGCGACGAUCUCAAAUCCGGUGUCCCAACCUCUGCACCCACAGAGCAACCUGUCUUGGUGAAUGGAAGUGCUCCUAGUCAUACAGAAAACAAUGCAGUAGACAGCUAAUGAUCAUUAUAUUAUUGUGGGGGAAAAGUUACUUUGAGACAAAUAAUCUAUUCGUCUUUCCAUUGUUUGGGUACAGAUUGAUUGAUCAGUCUUGGCAGGAAUCUCACAACCCAUCUUGUCAUCUUGAGGAGAAAAUCUAUGCCAUUGAAGCAAGAUUGAUAAAAUGAAAAAAAGGAUUGGUGAAGUGAGUAUUGCUGCCAGAAAGGAGUAAUUUAAAUCAACUGUGAAAAUUCACCAGUAUGCAGUGAAUAAAGCCAUCUGACUACUCUUUAAAUGUAUAUUGUAAAGAUAACCUUGCCAAUCAAAUUUAGAGCAGUUGUUUGUUACCGGCUUUGCCAGUAGCACUGAAAUAUUAAAACUGGUAAAAUGUGUAAAAUGAUGUAUUUGUGUAAGGAUUGCAUGUGUUGCUUUGUUAAAAUGAUAAUUCCUAAUGUAUGACCCUUGUAUGCAUGUUUUGUGAUUUAAAUUGACGACAUUUAGAGAUGUGCUGAAGAAAUGCACUUAUAGGCACUUAAAGAUUAGUGAAUAAAAAAGAUUAGUGAGAUAAAUAAUGCUUUGGGGAAUCCCUAUUGUGUUGUUUAACAUACUGUUUCCUUCUUUUUACCACAUAAAUUUUUGUUCUCUGGCUUAGUGACAAUAUUGUUGUUGUUACAAUAAAGUUGAACACAUUCCUUUUACCCCGACUUCUUUUGACAAUAUUUUUUUUUGCUUCUGCACCUUUGGGUGCCAAGUGUGGAGAGAAUAUUGUUGAAAGAUAUUCAAAUAACCUAAGCCUAGCAGUUUUAUUUUAUGAAAAUGAUAUAGGUUGUGUAAUACUGCUUGUGCAUGCAAAAUUGUUUUGUUAAUGCCAUUCUAGUUGUUGGAGUAGUGGUGUAUUUUUAUGUACUUUUGAAAAGUACAUUUUUUUUUUUGACAAUUGUUAAAAAUGAUAAAAAUAUAGUUAUCCCUGAUGAGCAUUAGUGGGAAGGGUAAUGCUGAAAGAUGCCUGACAUAUAUUUGGGGGAAGGGGGGGGGGGGCUAGGUUAACAUUCCACACACAAACAAUAAAUACAUGGGUUAUAUGUCACAUUUGAACUUAAAUGCUUUAAAGCAAAGGUUUCAAAGUAAAUGUUUUACUUAUAUUAGUCUUCUCAAUAUCCUAGCAAAGUAAACAAUUUCAGACGAGAAGAUAUUUUUUUGAAAAUUCAGUUUGAAAUGUCAAUUCUGCUUGUUAGGUGGGGCAGCAGUGUCAUUGAUAAAUUCUGCAGCAUAAAGGUGUUACCAUUAAUUACUAGUUGUUAACUUAAGGCUCAGGUUUUGGUCUAAUUUAGCCAUCAAAUUUUGGCACAAAUGUCAUGUCUGUUGCACCCUUAGUUUCAUUACACUGUUUAAUUGUCAAAAUGUUAAUUAUACAUAAAUUUUAAUGUGCAUGAAUUUGAUUGGCUAUUUAAAUUUUGAACAUGAGAAAAUGCAGUGUAAUUUAAUUUUGUUUGCAUUCAGUGCUAGUAAUCAGUUAUUUUCAUAAAACUUUCUUGGAGGAAGGUACAAACUACAGUCGUUGAUCAGAAUUGCAUAUUAAAUCAAGAGGUGGGAUAUAUUUGCAAAAUUUGCUUUAAUACUUGAUUAUAUAUCAAACAAUAUGCAAUGAAAUGUAGUUACAAGUGGAUUGUUUAUGUGUUCACUAUUGAUGAUAAUUUAAGUUCACAUCUUGCAAAUUCCUCAUAUUAGUUUGUGGUCAACUCAAUAUAAAUGAGAAAAACUUAUUUCCAAUGUACUCAGUCCAGUUCCAAGCUAAAAGCAUGUGUAUAUUUUUGCCACUGCUGAUAACUGGUGAUGACUAGUAUAAAUAACCAAUCAGUUUAAAGAGAAUUGAAAGUUUUUUGUGGAAUGUCAAGAGCACUUGUGGUUCGUUUGUGUGUUUGUAGAUAAUUGGGCCUUAUCAAAAUGCCCAGAAAAAGACUGCACAUGGUCAUGCUGUUAUCAU